AUGGCAUUGAGUCUCACCCAACUAUUUCUGUGCAAUCCUGUAUCGACCGUUCAGAUACUCUCGGCCAUCGUUCUUGAUGAAGACUUUCGCGAGGCUGGAGAGCUAAGGUUUAGCAACAAGGUUGCUAAUGCUCUCCAUGUGCGCUCUAAGCUGGAAGGGGCUUUGAAAGAGCUAGAAGCAACUUUGAUGGCCAAGAAUGAAGAAGUUGAGAAGCCCAAAGAGGAAGCUGCUGGUGGGUUUCUUGAAGGAUUCGACAACUUCAGAGAGCAAACCCAAGCCAAUUUUUUCUGA